AUGCCUGUCCCCACUGAUGUCCCCAUGUGCAAAGCUUCCGAAACAGCCCAUUACAACCUCACCUUUACUGGAAAGUGGAGCCAAUCAGCUUUCCCCAAGCAAUAUCCUGUGUACCGCCCCCCUGCCCAGUGGUCUAACUUGGUUGGGGUAACUCAUAGCUCCGACUACCACAUGUGGCAGAGUAAUGACUUUGCCAGUAACGGAGUGAGGGAGUUCAGUGAGAAGGGAGAGGCCUGGACGCUCAUGAAGGAAGUGGAGGAGGCGGGAGAAAGCAUCCAAAGUGUUUAUGGUGUCCUUUCUGCUCCUGCUGUUGUGGGCGGGACUGGACAGAUGAGCACAGAGUUUGAGUUGGGGGCCAGACACUCCUUUCUGUCCUUCAUGGUGCGCAUAGUUCCGAGUCCAGACUGGUUUGUUGGUGCAGAUGGCAUAAGCCUCUGUGACGGUGACCACUGGAAAGAGACUGUGUCACUGGACUUAUACCCCUACGAUGCUGGGACUGACAGCGGCUUUACCUUCUCUUCUCCCAAUUUUGAAACUAUUCCUCAGGAUAAAAUCACAGAGAUCACAUCUUCUAACCCAAGACACCCAGCCAACUCAUUUUACUAUCCCCGACUGCGACACCUGCCACCUAUUGCCAAGAUUACACUGACAAAGGUUAAGAAAAGUAAUCAGAUCAUCAGUCUGCCAGUGGAGCCCACCCAGUCCAAUCAACUUCCCACUGGAAAUGAGAUUGAAGAGAAACUUAUAAAUACGCCUUUGGACUGCGAGGUGUCAGUGUGGUCUCCCUGGGGCUUGUGUAAAGGCAAGUGUGGAGACUCAGGUGUUCGGCACCGCACUCGCUAUGUCCUGAUGCAGCCUGCCAACAAUGGAGCCGUCUGCCCUCUGCUGGAAGAGGAGAGAAAGUGUUCCCCAGACAACUGUUUAUGA